AUGGCGAUCGUUAAGAUCGUAAAUGUAGCCACAGUCAAACCCGUCCGCCGCGCCGCGUUUGAAAGCGAUAGCGAAAGCGACGACGAAACAGAUCGCUUGACGAAAAAACCCAAGAAAUCGCCAGGCACGAAAGACGAUGUCAACGUUUCUCGUGUCCCAGGCGACGACUACUUUGCGGCAUGGAAUGCGUCGGAUGUCCAACUCACUUGCGUUGACGAGGACGGGACGACGGUCAUGUGGAAGCAGUCGGUGCUGUCGUUCAACGGGUGUCAAGAACUCUCGGAACAUGGCGCUGGAAAGACGCCGCCAGGUACGGCGGUAUGA